AGCAUUCAAUGAAUGAAUGAUUGUUUAUAUGAAUGCAUAACAAGUAUAACAUUUCAUGCAAUCAAAUGUCUGUCCUUUGGAUUCAAUACUUAUUAUACAAUACUUACCACCAAAUGGUCGAUACAUUGAACACUUAAUUAUCAAAUCGUUUGUCUCGUGUCUCACGUCUACAACCAAUUGAUUUGAUCAUAUGUUGAGCUAAUUAUAUGCCAUUAGAUCUGAAAUCUGCACAAAUCUCUUGUAAUAAUUGAUUAAUGGUUUGAAAGCAAUGCCUCUCUUCGGGAAAAAAGACCAAAACCGACGACAACCUCAAGAAUACAUCAACACAUCGGCUAAUGUGGAGGACGUGUACACUAUGAAGGAGAUCCUGGGAACGGGGGCCUUCUCUCAGGUGUUUUUGGCUCAACACAAGCUCCAGACCAACCGAAUGCAAGCCAUUAAGUGCAUCGACAGGAGGGCUCUUAAGGGCAAAGAAGACUCACUCGAGAACGAGAUCAAAGUGCUUAGAAAUUUGGUUAACAAGUGA